UCAGCACAUUAGCCAUCUAGACGCUAGUAUCUAAAGCCAAACGAAUGUAACCAACAAUCAGUGGGCGACAAUAAGUGAGGAAAAAAAUGAAAUGGAAAAUAUUUAGGGGGUAACAUCGAGAAGUCUUGUUCUUUUGUCCCAUGAUGUUGAAUCUUGUCCUAUGUAAUACGGUAUCUGAAAAAUUGAUUGAGCAAUGCGCAGUAGAUAGUUCUCCUGGUUGUUAACUUUUUUCCAAGGUAGACCAUAUCUAUGGCCCUUUGUGAAAAGUGAUCAGCACAAUGCCCAACGUAUAAUACUUAUCAGUCAUCUUCUCUUGUUCUGGGCGUAUACUGCAUCUUAUAAGAAAAAGAAAUAUGGGUAAAACGGCAAUAAUGGUUUUACAAGAGUUAGGAAUGAAAGAGGGCUUCUUACCAGUUUACACAUUGCUUCGUGCAGAAACUGGUAAGCACAUAAAUAUAUUUACUUAUGAAGUAAAAUAUAAAGAUUUCUCAGUAACUGGACAAGCUUUGAAUAAAAAAGACGCGAAGCAGAAAGCAGCUCAGAAUAUGUUAACAUUAUUGGAAGACCCAAAUGAUAUUUCCAAGACCAAACCACUAUCAUCAUCAAACGACAUUUAUCCUGAUACUUCCCCUUCUACAUCAAGACAAGCUUUGCUAGAUUCAACAUUAAUGCAUGAAGACCUUAAAAAUUAUGUUGGAUCUUUGCAAAAAUACUGUGUAGAAAAUAAAUUAACGCAGGCAGAGUAUCAAAUUACUGACAUAACUGGCCUAGCACACGAACAAUUGUUUACUAUGUCCUGUACAGUAGGGUCAGUAACUGAAGAAGCAACAGGAACUACAAAAAAGCAAGUCAAACAAAGAGUAUCAAAAAAGAUAUUAGAACGUCUCACAAAUACUAAUAAUCCGUCAAUUGCAAACAAAGAUGAAUUUGGAUCUUAUAAUCCUUUUGAAGACUGUGACGAGUUGUCUGACAUAGACAAUGAUGUUUUUGACGAGUUAAGUUUAAAAAUAGAAAAUUGUAAACUAAACGAAACCGAAGCUCAAGCAAAUAAGAAAAAAAAAUUUCCAGAUGCAAAGGUCAAGAGUUACCGAGGACAAAUACUUCUAAAUGAAGUUAUUGAUUUCCAAAAUUAUCAUUCGUUCUUCAAACAGUAUGUUUACCAUACUGUUUGUAAUCGUAGCAAGAAAAAAUUCAUGGAAAUAUUUAAUACUGUCAAGAGCUUUAAGACAAAUUUUACAGAUAUAGAGAAAUGUGACAUCGUAACUUUAACUUCUCUGGAACAGGAGAUUUUAACUUAUAUUGAAGAGAAAAUCAAAUUAUCCAUAGAAAAAAAGAUUAUAGGUUCCAAAGAUCCAUCGCUACAGUUAACUGUUUUUAGAAUAAAUGCUCCUCUACCUAUAACUCAAAUUGGAGCGCAUAACAAUUCGUUGGUUGCAGGAGCAAUAGCUCUAGCUAAUAUUCUUGACACUAUUAUAACAUUCUUGGAGUAAAUAUAAAUGUCUCAUUUCUUACAGUUGUUCUUACAAUUCUACGUUGUGACAUUUACUUUUUGAUACUAUAAUUUAUAUAUGUCGAUAUCACAAUUUAUACAAUCGUAAUUGUGUUCGUAAUUGUGAUAACAAUCGUGACAAUAAUCGUGAUCGUGAUCGUAGUCGUAGUCGUAGUCGUAGUCGUAGUCGUAAUCGUAAUCGGACUCUUAAUGUUAAUCUUAAUCUUAAUCUUAAUCUUAAUCUUAAUCGGAAUCAGAAUCGUCGACGUGAUCGUGAUUGUAGUUGUAGUUGUAGUUGUAGUCGUAAUAGUGCUCGUGCUCUUAAUCGUGAUGUGAUCGAAGUCGUGGUCGUAGUCGUAAUCAUGAUGGAUGUAACCGUUGUUGUAAUUGCAACUUAAUCGUAAUAGUAAUCAACUGUAAUUACUUUUAUUUAAGUUACUUUUAUUUAGUUAUUAUUUUAAUUAAGUUACCCUAAAAAAGAUUUUAUACCUUGAGGCUUUACAUAAUCUAUGAAAUUAUAAUCGUAUAAGUAUAUUUUAUAAUCUUUUAAAAUCAAUUAAAAUUAAUUUAAAACUUGAAAUAUUUAUUAUAAAAAAAAUAAAAAAUAAGUGGUCAAUAUAAAAUGUUAAACUAUAAGCGUACAAAUAUAUUUUAUAUCUCGAUAUUUGAUAUGAAAUGUAAAAAUUUAAUCGUAUAGAUAUAUUAUAUUACCUUGACUUUGUUAUUCGUAAACUAAGAAACUGUAAAUGUAUAAAUAUAGUACAAAAUCUUGACGUUUUACAAGAACCGAAAUUGUAACAACAAAAGGCAAAUAAAAAUGGCUGUAAAAGUA